AAAAAAGGAUGCGAUCCAUUUUCGGUAUACACAAUCAAUUCCAUCAACGGAAUCUUACAUGAAAAAUGGCAGCAGCCGCUAUCAUGAGCCGCAGAGCUUGCCAGACGCAUCUCCCUCUCCGUUUCUUUUCCUCUCUCACCCUAUCUCCCGCCGUUCGAUCCUCUUCCGCGACUUCGUCGUCGCCGAAUCUGAAUCUGGACGACACCGAGAAGCUCUAUGCCUCGGUGCCGACAGGAGACUUGCUGUCAUCGCUUGGAUUGCUCUACACGAUGGCAGUGGGGCCGGCGGUGGACCUGGGGAUGGCGGUGAUGCGGUCGCCGGCGGUGAUGGAAAAGCGUUUGCUGCGUGCGGCGGUUGUGGGAGUAGUGCGGCGGACGGUGUACCGGCAGUUCUGCGCAGGGGAGGAUGCGGGGGAGGUGGGGCGGAGGCUUGGUCGGCUAUGGGAAAGCGGGCUGAGGGCGAUAGUUAAUUAUGGGAUGGAGGAUGCGGAAGAUGACACUGCAUCCGAUCGGAAUCUCGCCGGAUUUGUUAAGACUGUCGAGAUGACGGCGGAGAUGCCGCCGGAUUCGGUGAGCUUUGCCUGUGUGAAAAUUACGGCUAUCUGCCCCAUCCCUCUCCUUGAACGCAUAAGCGACCUCCUCCGCUGGGAAAAAAAACACCCCUCCUUUCACCUCCCAUGGAAGCGGCCCUCCCUCCCCAUCCUCACCAACUUCAGCCUUCUUCACCACCCCCUCCCCGCUCCUCCCCCAUCCCUCACCUCAGAAGAAGAACUCCAACUCCAACUCGCUCACUCCAGACUCCUUACUCUCUGCAAGCGCUGCGCGGAGUCCAAUCUCCCUCUCCUAGUCGACGCCGAGUACGCAUCCGUGCAGCCUGCCAUCGAGUACAUGACAUAUUCCGCCGCGCUCGAGUUCAACACUACUGCCGAGAGACGGCGGCCAAUCGUUUACGGGACGAUGCAAUGUUAUUUGAAGGAUGCAAAGGAGAGGUUGGUUCAGGCAGUUGAGGCAGCGGAGUCGGCGGGGAUUUCAAUCGGAUUUAAGCUGGUGAGAGGGGCUUAUUUGUCGCGGGAGAGUGUUUUGGCCAAGUCUCUGGGAGUGGCGUCUCCGAUUCAUGAGACUAUUGAAGAGACGCACAAUUGUUAUAAUGAUUGCGCCGCAUUUAUGCUUGAGAGGAUGUUGAAGGGAUCGGCUUCGGUUGUGCUCGCCACCCACAAUUUUGAUUCAGGGAGGGCUGCAGCGGCUAAGGCAGAGGAGCUGGGAAUAGGGAAAGGGGACCAAAGGCUACAGUUUGCGCAAUUGAUGGGAAUGGGGGACGGCCUAUCUCUUGGGCUGAGGAAUGCUGGGUUUCAGGUGAGCAAGUAUGUGCCUUUUGGGCCUGUGGAGCAGGUUAUUCCUUAUCUUCUCAGGAGAGCCCAGGAAAACAGGGGUUUCCUAAGUACCUCCACCCUUGACCGACAGCUUAUUAUGAAGGAGCUUAAAAGAAGGCUUAAAGUUGCUGUUAUAGGAAAGCAGCUUUCGGAAUGAAGCUAAAGGUCUACUGUUGUGGCUGGAUUUGUGCUGUCUUUUUGCUUGUAAAUGAAGGGGAAGGAGGUAGGUGAAAUAUUAACUUGCUGCUUAUAGCUGUUGCAUUGGUAAAAAAGGAUAAUGUUGUGAUGAUAUUAUUUUGUGAACUGAUAUAUGGAUUGACCAUCUCUUGUCAAAAUAAUAGUAAUCUGAAAAUAAAUUAUGUUCUAAUAAAAAAUCAGGAUAUAAAUAAGACGUGAUAUUAAUGUUAUUUUGAUUGCUAUCAAUGAAGAAACAGAUUGC